UUAAUCCGUUGUGUGUACGGUGAAAGAAAAUAUCUUGAUGCAACCUGCACAUAUCGAUGAAUAAAUUCAAAGAUGUGUGAGAAGUGAACUAACCUGCACUAGGCCAGCGUGAUUUGGAAAGCGUCACUUUAGAGUAGGCUCUGAGGUGUGUGGUCGUGUAUGAGCUGAUAAUAACCUAGUUGUAAUGAAGUGUUCGGGGCAGCAGCAGCAGCAGCAGCAGCAGCAGCAGCAGGCACACCCAUGCCGCUGCUCCCUACUGAUCGAGGAGGUUAUGCAGCAGAAGGCGCCGCGAGUGCCUGCUGAUAUCAAAUUACUACAACCUCAGUGCGAGUCAAUACCAGCUAGCAAUUCUAGCCUCCAGGGCGUCCGCAGGCGGCUGUCGGCUAACUUUUUCAAGGCUACGUUCAGUUCGCGCAGCAAGGCGGUCUCCGCCGCCCGCGCCCCUUGCGCUACCCGCUCCGUCGAGGACACUACUAAGAUAGGCAACGCGGAGGCAAAGCCUGUCACUAGAAACAGACCUAGAUCAGUAUCGCAUUUAGAAGACGUAAAAUUGAAAUCCAGAAAGGGCAUAGAACGUUCGAAGCCUGUCAGCCGGCUAGACAAGCCCGAGCGGCCCGCACGCCCAUCACGGGCGCCGCAGCCGCCCCACGACUCUGAGCCCCAGCCCGUUCACCGCAAGCCUCAAACUAAAACCUCAAAUGUCAUACUUGAAAUCGUCAAGAGGUCUGUUACUCCGAAGCAAGGUCGGAAAGGCGCUACGAGCGAGGGCACGAGUCUCCUGCCCCCCUCGCUGAAGCCCCGAGUGCCGGAGAAGGCGAAGCUGCGGCUCAACAAAUUGAUAAACAAUAACAACGAGGUGAGCAACGCCAACAUACACCAGAGCACCGCGCCCCCCGCACCCACUGCACCCCCCGCACCCACUGCGCCCCCCGUGCCAGCGAGAGGGCAACAGGGUAAGCAGGAGCCCGCGCUCAAGGGCGCACCCUCCGUCUCCAGCCUCGACUCUAAGCAUCACAAGGUCGCGCCGGCGCGGGAUAAGCCGCUGAAGAUCUUCGGCUCCAAGGAGAAGCUGCACAAAGCGCACAAGAAGCGGGAGCCGGAACCGGACGACAAUAAUGCUGUGGCGGAAGAGGGCGGCACGGGCGAGGCGGGCGGCGCGAGCGCGCUGAGGGAGUACGGCAGCGCCGAGGAGCUAGGCUCGCGGCGCGGCUCGCAGGAGUGCGUCAGUCUGCCCGUCACACUGGACUCCCAGAUGCACGCCUUUCAUCUCGAUCUGCGUCCCCGCCCGCCUUCCGAGGUGUCGGCGGGGUCGACCGAGGGGGAGGGCGAGGGGGAGGCAGAGAGCGAGACGGCGGCGCUGCGGCGCGAGGUGGCGGCGGGCCAGGCGGAGCGCGCCAGGCUGGCGGCGCGGCUGGCGGAGACGGCGAGCGAGGCGGCGCGGCUGCGGGGCGAGGUGUCGCGGCUGCGCGCGCAGGAGGCGGAGCGCGCGGCCGCAGUGGAGCGGUUGGCGGAUGAGAACGGCGCGCUGCGGGCGCGGCUGCGGGGCGUCGCGCACUCGCCGCUCUCCGACAGCGAGAAGCGGCAGCUGCUGCUGGCGCCGGCGCCGCGCCGCAUGCACUCCUCCGCGCCCGCCUCCAUCGCGCUCGCACACAACGGCGAAGGCGAGGGCGAGGCGGAGGGCGAGGGCGAGGGCGCGGGCGAGGCGGGCACGCCGGAGUGGGACAAGCACUCGUCGUCGUCGCUGAGCGAGGUGUCGGUGGCGUGCCUGCAGGACCGCAUCCUGCAGAUGGAGGAGCACCACUACAGCACGAGCGAGGAGUUGCAAGCGACUCUGGCCGAGCUGGCGGACCUGCAGACGCAGCUGGCGGACGCGCACGCGGACAACGAGCGGCUGGCCGACGAGAAGCAGGUGCUGCUGGAGUCGCUCUGCCGACAGACGGAGAAGCUGGAGGACAGCAGGACCAAGGUGGACACGCUGCAGGAGCUGCUGCUGCGCGAGGGCGUGGAGCCGGACGCGCUGGCAGCCGGCGACCCCGGCCGGCACCUCUACGCCGUGCUCAAGACGGCGCAGGAGGAGCGGCGCCUGCUGCUCGGGCGGCAGGAGCAGCUGGCGGCCGAGCUGGCGGAGGCGCGCGCCGCUCUCGACCGCACCGCCAAGGAGAACGAGACGCUCGCCGACCGCCUGCGGAGCACGGAGGCGGCGCUGGAGCGCGCGGAGUCGAGUCGCGCGCACUGGGAGCAGGAGGCGGGGGCGGCGCGCGAGCUGGCGGGCGCGCGCCAGCACCAGCUGGGCACGCUGGAGGGCCUGCUGGAGGCGGCCAAGGCCAAGCUGGCGGGCGCGGCGGAGGACGCGGCGGCGGCGCGCGCGCACGCGCUGGCCGAGCGACUCGCGCACGCGCAGCGCCAGCUCGAGCGCGCGCACCACGACGCCCGCAAGCUGCACGACGACGCACUGGUGUCUCGCAACAACGCCAAGUCGACGAUCUCCGAGCUGGAGUUCCAGGUGCAGCAGGCGCGGCAGGAGCGCGCGGCGCUGCAGGGGCAGCUGCACUCGCUGCAGGAGACCGUCUCCGAGCUGCAGAUCCAGGCGCAGCUGGCGGCGGACGAGAAGCUGUCGCUGCUGUCGCGCGCGAGCGAGGCGGCGACGCGCGCCGGCGACCUGGAGCGGCAGCUGCAGGAGACGCGCGCGAGACUGGCGCAGCUGCAGCGCGACAAGGAGCGCGACGAGGCGGAAUGGAAGCAGUUCCAGAGCGACCUGCUGAUGACGGUCCGCGUCGCCAACGACUUCAAGACGGAGGCGCAGCGCGAGCUGGAGCGGCUCGUGCAGGAGAACAAGGCGGCGCGAGACCGCGUGCGUGCGCUCGAGGACCAGCUGCAGGCGCGCCCAGGUGUAAACAGGUCGGAAUCGUGUGAGAGCGCGCGAUGUCGCUCCGACGACGAGAAAAGCUUUUGCAGGGAGGGUGAGUUCGGAGAAGAGGCAGCGGGGCAGACAACGGGGCGGGCUGCGGGGCGGACUGCGGGGCGGGCUGCGGGGCGGACUGCGGGGCCGGCAGCGGGGCAGGAGGCGGACGUGUUCCGCGACAUCCGCACGCGCUACCUCAGCAGGGUGCACAGUGUGGGCGAGCCGCCGCGCGCCGCUCGCCUCGUCGACCAGGCUUUCCGCAAGUCCGGCGCUGCUUUCACACUGGAAAUCGAGGACGUCACCACAGACGAGACGAACGACGACGCCGGCAACAACGAUGAACCGUUGUUAAAUUCCGACAGCGGCAAACAUAAAAUACUGGCGGAGGUCGUCCUCCCUCCCUUUAGAAGCAAAGGGUUGCCGAGGCAAAAUGCCAUCGACGUCUCCGGACGAAAGCUCAGCAGACGGGCCGCAUUGGAUUCGGAAAGUGAGGAGGUCGGCGAUCCGGCCGCCCCCUGCCGCAAAUUACUUUGUAAAUCGUGGUCGUCCGCCAUUGGCGGAGGUGGGGCGGGGCCGCGCCGGGACCCGCCCAGGUCGUUGAGCCUCGACAACGUAAGCACCGCCGACGGCUUCCGGGAUGUUUUAAAGGAGUCCACCAGCGUGGAGUUUGUGGGCGGCCAUCUUUCCAGUGAUAUAUCGCUCUGCACGGGGAGCUCGGACAGCGUUUUUCUUCCAUCUUCCUUCGAAGAAAACAACAACGUUUUGGAAGUGGAAAACAACAAUCGCUUGAACCACGAGUUGGAUGUUAAUUAUAAAGCGCCUUGUCAUUCCCCGGAUUUAUUAAGAGAUCAUACCGGUGUGAAGUCAUCGAGUAGAGAUAAUUCAACUUUACCGUAUUCAUACUUGCGGAAAGACGAGUCGACUCCUCAAAAUUGUACCUUAAAUGAAGCGAUGCACGAAAAUCCGCCGGAAAUUGUAUUGAGUGACAAAUUGGAACAAGACUUGAAAAAAGCAAACGAGGAACUUAAGUUAACUUUUAAAGCUGCAUUAAACAGAAUUAGAAGACCCGCCGCACCCGCCGCACCCGGCGCACCCGCCGCACCCGCCGCACCCGCCGCACCCGCCGCACCCGGCGCACUCGUUGCGGACGAUUUAAACAAAAAUUUUACCCCAAUUGUAGAACAAUCUGGGUAUGAAAAUUUUGGUAUCGCAAAUAAUGCGGCCUUAUAUGAAUCAGUAGAAGAAACCAAAGAAACAACGAAUACACCGGCAGCGGGCGAUGUUAGUUAUCGUUUGAAAAUACACAGUCUGCACGACACCAACCCCUCACCGCCCGCCGCGCCCACCAUGCCCACCACGCCCACCACGCCCGCCGCGCCCACUACGCUCCCGUUAACCUCACGUGCCCCCCUCUCCUACUUAACUAAAGAUAACAAAGUACCCAAAAAUAAUGUUAAAACCUUUUUAGCACCAUUGAACAUUGUAAAUACCAGCAUCAGUAUUACGGAUGGAAAGACUUCUCCGGUCAUUAUCAGUCCGGUCUUAUUACGACCCGUGUUGCUGAGGCCCCCCGCACCCCCCGCGCCCCCCGCGCCGCACGCCGCAUCGGCCACGAUCUAUUAUGACGAUAUCGACCAGGUUGUGACCGAAGACCAGAAAACUAACGAAACACUCGCCCUGCCCGCUGCAGAAAGUACCAAAAAGAAAGGAAUCUACCAAAAAAAUGUUAAACCUAAACAUUUGCCGUUUGUUUCGUGGAAAUCUUCCAGUGAAUAUUUAACUGAGACGAAAACGAGUAGCGCAUCGACGAAGUCAAAGGAAUCACCAAAGAUUAACAUAAGUAAAAUAUCAAAAACGCCGGAAUGGCUAAUAGAUAACCAUUACUAUCGGCCGACGGAGAACGCCUCGAUAGCUUCUGGCGGCGGACGAGCCGACAGCCCCCAGAGCUGUGCGGCGACAGUGCGCGAGCCGCAGGAGAACUACUACGAGGAAAUCGGCGAACCCAUCGCCAAGCGCGCCGACAACCUCGCCGACAACCGCGCCGACAACCGUGCCGACAACCGCGCCGACAACCGCGCCGACAAACGCGCCGACAACCGCGCCGACGACGACAAGGUCUGCGCAGCUCCGACCUUGCCCGCGCUCGCCAGAGAGGAGGUUCUGAAAGUUCCGCGAAAACCUAAGAGACCUGGAAGACGGGAAGCGGGAAGACCGCCGGCCAAGCGUGAAAAUCCACAAACCGCCGAGGACAUCUCACAAACGACGCAGGCCGUCAUAUCUCUGGCGAGAUCCCCGAGUGCGAGGGAUUUGAUAAAUAGGCGCAACGCCUUCGCAAAAAACCUCGGCCAAAACGUAUCGACACAAUCAUCUCAGACGGAAGUUCUCAAACCGGGCGAAAUGUGGAACAGCGAAAUUUUCCUCCGGACACAGGACAGAUCGCGGGCGCCGCAGCAGCCCGGCACCUACCACUGGAAGUCUCUGCAGCACAAGCGGCUGUCGCACCCGAUACGGUCGCUGAACGGUCCCGCGCCCGCGCCCCCGCCUCCGCCCCCGCCUCCGCCCCCGCCGAGGCCGCUACCGUUGGGGGCGGGGCCGGGGGCGGGGCCAGCGGGCGCGGGGGCGGGGCGCGCGGAGGAGGCGGCGCCGCCCGCCCCGCUGCUCACCAGCGCCUCGCUGCAGGACAUCAUGGCGAGCGCCGCCACACACCGCCGCGGUAAAGGAGUGAGCCGUCAGGACUCGCGGCUGUCCGUCAAGUCGCUCAUCGAGAGCAUAGAGAACGCGGCGAAGGCGGCCAAGCAGGCGCCCGCCGCCGACUGGCCGCCCGCAGCGCCCGACGAGCCCCGCGCCGCUACCACCACACCCGCCCCCGCCGGCACCACCGCCACCACCGCCACCGCCACCGCCGCCACCGCCUACCUGCAGGCGGGUGCGGGUGCGGGGGCGGGGGCGGGGGCGGGGUCCGGGUCCGGGGGCGUUUCGGGCGCUAGGGGCGGGUCCGCGUCUCCGCCCGCGGCGGGGUCCCAGGCGGCGCCGCGGGUGCUCCGCCCCACGCCGCCGCCGCAAGAGAGCGCGGCGGCCAACACCAACGUGCCGGACGAGGAGCGCGCGCUGGCCAGCCUGCACCAGAAGGCGAUGGAGUCCUUCGUGCGCCGCAACAGCUACGGCGACAUCUGCGAGCGCAAGGACCCGCUGAACGCGCUGCAGGUGAAGAACGGCGGCUCGAAGCGCAACGCGCUGCUCAAGUGGUGCCAGCAGAAGACCAUGGGCUACAACAACAUCGACAUCACCAACUUCAGCUCGUCAUGGAACGACGGGUUGGCGCUGUGUGCUCUGCUGCACUCGUACGUGGGUUCGAGUCGCGUGCCGUACGCGGACCUGACGCCGCACGACAAGCGCACCAACUUCGCGCUGGCCUUCGCCGCCGCCGAGGCCGCCGGCAUCCCCACCACGCUGAACAUUCAGGACAUGAUCCAGCAGGAGCGGCCCGACUGGCAGCAGGUGAUGGCGUACGUCACCAGCAUCUACAAGCACUUCGAGACUUAGGCCCUCCCCGAGGCCCGGACUUAACUCGCGGCUGACUUUUGAGGCUUUUUUAACGUGCGCUUGUGAGGAUUAGGGAAAUAAUGUUUAGUAUUUAUACAUUCCGCGGUGCGCCGAAGACACAUGCCGUCUUUCUGUAACUAAGACUGAUAGGUUAGCGGGGUAGGACGUGCGCCGACCGAUUGUGGACCUUGCGGCGAGGACAUAAGGUCGGAGAUGGGCCGGCGCGAGGUCCGAGUCUGGCGGAGAGCGGUCGGGGCGCACGGAGACAAUGCAUAUUGCCUUGUGCUCGCGAAUUUAUAUUGUCUUAAAAACGACUCGUGUAACUCCACUGCAUAUAUAACUAACUGUCUUCUGAAUAGAUUCGCUGUGCAUUUUUUGUUUUGAAUUAGUUUGAAUGUGAUGUGAAUGGAUAAUUAAUUAAGUUAAUUGUAUGUAGGGUAGCCUUCGCUGGCGCUGAUCCACUCGCAGAAAUAUUGUCUCUUGCAGUGAAUUAAAAAAGUAGCGGUCACCUGCAUCGUCUCCAUUGUAAAGCGUGUUAUAUGUAUCGUAAAAAAACUAAAAGGCCUAUCUAUAAUGUGGCACACCGCCGUUGUCAGCGCCAGCGACGUCCGCUGUACGUAUAAG